UUCGAAAAUGUUUACUCAUGAUUCAGAUGAUCCAAUGAGAAAAAUAUUUUUACGCGCUUUUUUUAAUCGACAACUUAUAUUAUCGUCAUUCAUUCCAAUUCAUCGGAAAUUGUUUUGUACCUCGGUUAAAUGUUUUCAGAAAAGGCGUGCCAAAAAAUUGGAUAGAAAAAUGUUUCUUUUUAAACCAUCGAAUGAAAAUAAAAAUAGUUAUGAUCCAUCCAAAUCCAAAUAUGAUAUGGUCAAUGAUGCCUGUUGGAAAACAAAUGAAAAGGUACCUUUUAUUGCUUUGGCUAAAACAUUCUCAGCUAUUGAAGAUGUUAGUGGUCGUUUGAAAAGUAUCGAAAUAAUGAGUAAUUAUAUAUCAUCAGUGAUGGCUUUAUCACAUGAAGAUUUAGUUAAAUCAAUAUAUCUUUGUCUGAAUAAAGUUGCGCCAGACUAUGAAGGCAUUGAACUUGGUAUCGGGACAUCUUUAUUGAUGAAAGCAUUAUCGGAAGCUACUGGCCGUAAUAUGGCUCAGCUAAAAAAACAGCUCAAUGACAUUGGAGACAUUGGCUCUUGUUCUGAAAUUUCUAAAACGAAUCAACGAUUACUGGUACAACCAAAACCACUUACUGUUCAACAUGUAUUCGAUACUUUCAAAUCGAUUGCUACAAUGACCGGUCGUAAUGUUAUGUCAAACAAAGUGGAAAAAAUUAAAAGUUUAAUUACCUGUUCACAGCCAAUUGAAUCACGAUAUAUUAUGCGUGCAUUGUCCGGAAAAAUGAGAAUUGGACUGGGUGAAAAAUCAUUAAUUACAGCUAUAGCACAAGCAUAUAUGAUUUAUAAAAAUCCCGAUAAUAGAAAACAACUUGACUCGGAAAGAUUUAAAGAAAAACUUAACAAAAAUGUUUCACUAUUGCAGACAGCGUUCAAUGAAUGUCCGAAUUAUGAUAAAUUAAUUCCGGCCUUAUUGGAAAAUGGUUUCGACGAUCUUUCCAAAUCAUGUUAUCUAAUACCUGGAAUACCACUAAAGCCCAUGUUAGCUCAUCCUACCAAAGGAGUUCGUGAAGUUUUACAACGAUUAGAAGGAUUAGAAUUUACAUGUGAAUAUAAAUACGAUGGUGAACGAGCACAAAUUCAUCUGGAUAAUCAAGGUAAAAUCUACAUCUAUAGCCGUAAUCAAGAGAACAAUACUGGAAAAUAUCCUGAUAUUGUAAAAUUGAUGCCAGAUGUUAUGAAAAGCGAUGUGAAAAGUUUCAUUAUCGAUUGUGAAGCAGUAGCCUAUGAUGUUGUUAACAAACAAAUUCUUCCAUUUCAAGUGUUGAGCACAAGAAAACGUAAAAAUGUGGAAGAAUCCGAUAUCAAAGUUCAUAUAUGUCUUUUUGCAUUCGAUCUGAUUUAUUUUAAUGAUGAAUCUCUGGUUAAAAAAUCGUUAUAUGAACGACGACAAUUACUUCAGGAGAAUUUCGAAUUUAUAGAAGGUCAAUUUAUGCGGGCUUCAAGUAAAGAUCUGAAUGAUAUUGAUGUUAUUCAAGAAUUUUUAGAUGAAUCCAUUAAGAAUAAAUGCGAAGGAUUGAUGGUAAAAACAUUGCAUAAAGAUGCAAGCUAUGAAAUAGCCAAACGUUCAUUUAAAUGGCUUAAACUUAAGAAAGAUUAUUUAGAAGGCACUGGUGAUACGUUGGAUUUAAUACCGAUUGGAGCAUAUUAUGGACGUGGCAAAAGAACCGGCUUUUAUGGUGGUUUUCUUCUUGCCUGUUAUGAUGAUAAGAAUGAUGAAUUUCAAAGUAUUUGUAAGAUUGGCACAGGAUUUUCCGAUGAAGAUUUGGCCACUUUAUCUACUUCAUUAAAAGAUUUAAGCAUAUCAAAGCCAAAAUCCUAUUAUAAUGUGGAUGAAACAUUAAAAGCUGAUGUUUGGUUUGAAGCGAAUCAAGUUUGGGAAAUUAAAUGUGCCGAUUUAUCUAUUUCGCCCGUUUAUAAAGCUGCUAUCGGUAUUAUUGAUCCUCAAAAAGGAAUAUCAUUACGUUUUCCACGGUUCAUCAAAGUUCGUGAUGAUAAAAAACCUGAAGAUGGAACAACAGCCGCUCAAGUUGCUGAAAUGUAUUUAAAUCAGGAAAAUCAAAUGAAUUCGGCCAACAAUGAAGAUGAUAAUAAUAAUGAUGAACAGAAUGAAAGUAAUUCUAAAUCCAAAACAGAUGAAUUCUAUUAAAUUGUUAUGGAAAUUUGAAAAUUUGCGCAAAAAAUUCUUUAUACAAUUUGGUUACAUCUUAUAUGAAUAAACUUUUCUGUUUCACACACA